GUGAAUGUUCUUAUUGCUGGGGGGAUAAAGUAGAGGUGUGCUUGUGUGGGUAUCUGUAACAUGGGUGUGUUGGUGAGCAGCUGUGAAGGGAUGCUGGUGACAAUGGAGUCAAACCAAACAGUGCCAGCACCCUUCCUGAUAAAGACCUACCAACUUGUUGACGACAACUCUACCGACGACAUUGUUUCAUGGGGUGAAGAUGGAUCCACCUUCGUCGUCUGGAGGCCGCCUGAGUUCGCUAGAGACCUCCUCCCCAACUACUUCAAGCACAACAAUUUCUCAAGUUUUGUUAGGCAGCUUAACACAUAUAGAUUCAGGAAGAUAGUUCCAGACAGAUGGGAGUUUGCUAAUGAAUUUUUCAGGAAAGGAAAGAAGCAUUUGCUUUGUGAAAUCCACAGAAGGAAGGCAGCUCAACUCUCGGGUCACCGGCAUGAUCACCACCCUCACAUGAUCCACGAGCAUCCAAACUCACCGGCACCAUACCCAUGGAUCAGAUUAAGCUCGGACGGUCAAGCUAACUGGUGGGAUUCACCAUCACCAUCUCCAAGGGACACUUCAGUUCCAAAAGGCAACACUGACCUUCUGUCAUCUCUCACAGAGGAUAACCAGAGGCUGAGGAAAACCAACUCCCUGCUGCUGGCAGAGUUGUCCCACAUGAGAAAGCUCUACAAAGACAUCAUCUACUUUGUUCAGAACCAUGUGAAACCAGCAUCGCCACCAAAUUUACCAGCCUACCCUCCACUGCCACUUCACCAUCAGAGACUCAUAGAGUUUAGGCUCUCCCCUGAAGGAACUACAAGGAACAACAGUCUGACCAGCACCAACUCACUCACUAUAGAAGAAGAAGCAGAAGACGACGUCAAGCUCUUUGGGGUUCCUCUCCAUGGCAAGAAGAGAACGCACUCAGCUGCAACUGGUUGAUCAUCGACCAUGUUUAAACCCCCAAACAGGACAGAGUAUCAACUCAACUGGGUCGUGUCUGGCUCCUUGGGUCAACCUAAGGCUGGUCUAUUAUCCACGCAGCCAUUUCUAGGGGCUAAGUGAAGCUGCGCCUAUGGAGUUUCAGCGAGCAUGGCCGCACUGCAAAAACUUCGCUUCGUGUUUCAUAUGUGUUCUAAAAGAUCUGAGAGAAGCAACUGAAUGUAUUGUAUGAGCUAAUUGCCAUAGGGCUAACAAAGGCUGUGUGGAUUUUGGAUGUGGA